UACCGCUCAGUCAGUCAACAUGAAAGCCUUCAUCGCCCUCCUCGCCCUCGUCUCCGUGGCCGUCGCGACGCCUCGUGAACGUCGGAGUGUCUGGGGUGGCGCCCACGGCGUCGCGGUUGGCCUGGCUGGGCCAGUCCUUGGCGGUGCUUCGGUCGCGGGGCCUCAUCUGGGCCCCGCAUCUCUCGCCGGGCCCGUCGUCGGUCCUGCUCGUGUUUCCGGAGCUGUUGCCGGCCCCGCUCACGUCUCCGGCAGCGUCGCCGGGCCCGCGGUUGUCACCGGGUCCGUCGCUGGUCCCACCUGGGUUGACGGAGGCUGGGACGGAGCCUGGGGUCACGGAUGGAACGGAGCUGCCGGAUGGGCUGGUGCAGGAUACGGACUAGGAGCUGGACACGGGGCUGUUUUGGCUGGGCCUGCGGUCCAUGGAGCGGUUCUAGCUGGCCCAGUUGGUCACGGAGCGGUGAUUUCUGGGCCGCACGCGGGCGCGGCUGCGGUCUCUGGACCCAACGCUGGGUCUGCGGUUAUCUCGGGACCUUCUGGCACCAUCUCCACCCAUGGCGCCGGAUACGGAGCUGGAGUCCAUGCUGGACUAGGCCAUGGAUGGGCUGGCCAUGGUCACUGGUGAUUUCCACGCGUCCUCCCCUGAGCCUCUUAACAAAUGUACUGACUGGUCCUGUCUUGGUUCCCUUUCUCGACCUCCGAUUCUCGUCUUUUUGUAUAACAAACAUUGAAUAAAUGCAUUUUUACACUUGAAA